UGUCUUUGAGCAUGUGCUGCUGCUACUGCAGUGGAAUAGUACGAUGUGUCAAUAUUCAUCCAGAGCCGAACAGGAGGGGGGUUCACCAGGGAUGUGAAGCGGUGGAAGAGAGUCUGCUUUUGAACGUUUUCCAGGGGACUCAGUGCUGGAUUGCGAACGUCAUUUCAUAGGUUACAGUUUGUGAAUCCUGGAGUCCUCACUGACAAAAGCACCAGGGACAGGCUGGACCCACACCUCUGAGUGUUGCUUCACAGAGGCUGUACCCCUGCAGGUAUCAUUUGACUUGCCCAUCUUCUGUUUUAUACUAGUUGCAGCACCCUAGCUUCACAUCCCCUCCCUUUCCUCCCCCCGCCUGUCCAGUAAGAUGGCAGCUGUCGAACCCCUGACAGUGCUCUCGCGCUGGUACCUCUACGCCAUCCAUGGCUACUUCUGCGAGGUGAUGUUCACGGCUGCCUGGGAAUUUGUAGUUAACUUCAACUGGAAGUUCCCGGGCGUCACCAGUGUCUGGGCCCUCUUCAUCUACGGCACGUCCAUCCUGAUCAUAGAGCGCAUGUACCUGCAGCUCAAGGACCGCUGCCACAUCCUGAUUCGCUGUCUCAUCUAUACACUCUGGACCUACACCUGGGAGUUCCUCACAGGCUUUAUCCUGCUCCAGUUCAACGCCUGCCCUUGGGACUACACCGAUUUUGACUAUGAUUUCAUGGGCUUGAUCACCCUGGAGUACUGCCUGCCCUGGUUCUGUGCUUCCUUCAUCGUAGAGCAGCUCGUCAUCAGAAACACCCUCAGGCUUCGCUUUGACGAGAAGACUGAUCCUGCUGCUGCCGUGGAAACCACUGGAACGGCCAAUGGGUACAUCAAGAAUGACUGAAGCUUUCCCUGUGUGGGAAAAAUUGUCAAUUCAAGUCACCAUUAUAUACAGAGAGCUGAUCUUACAUUAAUUAGACAAUCCAUUUCUGUUUAAAAACAUAAGAAAUGGACAGGCCUUGGGGAUGUGGAAUGAAAUUAAAUCGGGUGGUGAUAUCAGAAAGUGACAUAAUCAUAAUUAUAGCCUGUCAGUCAGCUAACAUGAGAAUUAACUUAGCGGUAAAAUAGUGAAGAGGAAUUAAACCAUACUGAUCAUGUAGCUUGAAUUGUUAUGUAAAGUGUGCAUGUUUUAAAUAAAUGCACAUUUGGAAACAGUAUUCCCAAGAAGGGAUAUACGAGGGAACAAUUUUGUCAGCCCCACGACUACAAUAAGUUUUAAAACAAUACCAAUUGAAUGUUUUAACUUAUUAUCAGGUUAAAAUCUCUUAUUUAUAUAAUGAUAGGAAUAGAAAUCAAGAAUAUUACCAUUUUAACGUUAAUGAAAUUCAUGGAUGAUCUUAAUUAAAUGUAGUGGCACAUUUUAAUAUUUUAAAAUGCAUGAAAAAUGAAAGAUGCAGUGUUAUCACCCCCUACUCAAAUAUAUAUGU